AUGAAACUCUUUUUGUUUGUUUUUCUUUGUAUUUUGUACACUUAUGGCUAUUGCGGCUCGGAUGUUCACAUUGGUUACAGGGUUAUUCUUGCUGUCCCUAUGUCAUAUAGCAGGAACUUCACAGGAAGAGCUUUUCUCAUGGAGACUGCCCAAAUGGCACCCAAAUUUCGAGCAGCAUUGAGUGUUGAAGCUGUCGAACAAAAAUACUCGUGUUCACUUGAUGUUUUCCUAGGAGAUGUGAAAGUAUGGAGUUCCGGUCAUUUAUCAAAAUUUUACACAACGGAGAAAUGUGUGAUCCAGCUAACACGAGAUGGAGACUUACAAUUGACAGGUCAGAAAGACUCAGUUGGAUGGAGAAGUGGAACUUCUGGACAAGGUGUGGAGAGACUACACUUACUAAGGACGGGUAAUCUAGUUUUAGUUGAUGGCCUGAACCUAAUAAAAUGGCAGAGUUUCAAUUUCCCAACUGAUAUAAUGCUCUGGGGCCAGAGAUUAAGUUCAGAAACUCGGUUAACUUCAUUUCCCAGCAACUCAAGUUUGUUUUAUUCAUUUGAAAUUCAACACGACAAGAUUGCGUUGUACUUGAAUUCUGGUAAGCGGAAGUAUUCUUACUGGGAAUACAAGCCUUCCAAGGAUCGAAACCUUACAUUUGUUGAAUUGGCUUCUAAAGGGAUAGAGUUGUAUAGUGAUAAACAUAGCAGGAUUGGUCAGAUCACAUCCCAAAGACUUGAACCCCUGCGAUUUUUAGCACUGGGGACGAAUACUGGCAAUUUGGGGCUUUACUACUACUCACCUGACAAGGGAAACUUUGAGGCUUCCUUUCAAGCAAUAAAUACCACGUGUGAUCUUCCCCUGGCUUGUAAACCUUAUGGUAUUUGUACCUUCUCAAAUGCCUGUUCAUGCAUUCGGUUAAUCACAAGAGGAGAGGGGUUAAAUUCUGAUUGCGAUGAGGGAAUUUCAGAAGGAUUUUGUGGUAGAAAUCAGGCAGAUAUGCUUGAGUUACAAAGUGUUAGCAGUGUAUUAAGGGGUAUUCCUCAGGGGCUUAAUAUUAGCAAAAAAGUAUGUGCGGGUUUGUGCAUUGAGGACUGUAAUUGUGUUGCUGCAUUAUAUUCCUCUGGUACUGGGGACUCAAGCUUGCAAGAAUGCUUUCUGUACGGAAUGGUUAGAGGGCUUAAACAGGUUAAUAGGGGAAGCGGAUUGAGUUAUAUGGUUAAGUUUCCAAAGGAAACCAGUAAAGAUCAUGGGAAGAGUUCUGGUUUAAAAAAAUGGGUCUUGGUUGUGGUGGGAGUGGUUGAUGGUCUUAUUAUUUUACUUGUUUUGGGAGGAAUUGGGUACUAUGUAGUUCAAAAGAGAAGAAGGAAUACAUCAGAUACCAGAAACCCCACGUAA